AUGGACCGCUACUCAAAGAUCGAGAAAGUCGAAACUCAGCUCUUCCUCUUUGGCGGGAUCUCAGGCGAGGGUACCUACGGUGUCGUCUACAAGGCUCGGGAUAUCCACACGAACAGGGUGGUCGCUCUCAAGAAGAUCAGACUGGAGGCGGAAGACGAGGGCGUUCCGUCCACGGCUAUCCGGGAGAUCAGUCUACUCAAGGAACUCAAGGAUGAGAAUGUCGUCAGACUUCUCGACAUCGUCCACGCCGAUCAGAAAUUGUAUCUUGUUUGCGAGUUUCUCGACGUCGAUCUCAAACGGUACAUGGAGAAUGCGAACAAGGCCGGCCGUCCAAUCACUGCCGAUCUCACCAAGAAAUUCACGUACCAGCUCAACCUUGGCUUGCGCUACUGCCACUCGCACCGGAUCCUCCAUCGCGACCUCAAGCCUCAAAAUCUGCUGAUCGAUAAAAAUGACAACCUCAAGCUCGCCGACUUUGGGCUCGCGCGCGCCUUUGGGAUUCCCAUGCGCACAUACACGCACGAGGUCGUUACGCUCUGGUAUCGCGCGCCCGAGGUUCUCCUCGGCUCCCGUCACUAUUCCACCGCCAUCGACAUGUGGUCCGUGGGUUGUAUCUUGGCCGAGAUGUGCAUGCGCGGGCACCCCUUGUUCCCUGGAGACUCGGAGAUUGAUCAAAUCUUCAAGAUAUUCAGGGUUCUGGGCACACCGAACGAAGAGGUAUGGCCUGGCGUGCAUCAGCUGCCGGACUACAAGCCCUCGUUCCCGCACUGGUCACCAACGGAUCUCCGGGAGCCGGUGCCGACAUUAGACAACGACGGCAUCGACUUGCUCCAGCUGAUGUUGACGUACGACACUGCGAAGCGCAUCUCCGCGAAGCGCGCCCUCCUCCACCCGUACUUCUCUGAUUUCCUCUCGGAUUAA